AUGCAAUUACAUUAUACAACGACGGCCAACGUAGUGAGUGCCGAAGUGAGCGCCGUCUCACAAACCCCGGUUAUAUUAUUUCCUGUGGGAGCCACGCCUCCUCCCCUACCUCCUCCCAUUGAAGAGCCAGCCAUGGCGAUGGUCAAUAUGAACAAUCUUAUUAAUGGAAAAGACCCUAGAUGGUUGCAAUUGGAAGUAUGCAGAGAGUUCCAAAGGAACAAAUGCACAAGAUCGGAUACGGAGUGCAAAUUUGCUCAUCCGCCCGCGAACCUGGAGGUUCAAAAUGGAAAAGUUAUGGCUUGUUACGACAGCAUAAAGCUGCAAAAGAGAAAGAAACCUCAAGGGGUUAGUAUGGUAGUAGUCGUGGUAGCAGUAUAG